AUGUCGUGCCCAAUGGGAACUUUGACGAAUCAAUCAGAGAACGAAUCUCGCAAGCCCACGACCAGCCUCGAGCGAACCGAAUUGCGUCCUAAUUGGAGUUGGAACUGCAAAUCCCACGUAUAA